AUGGAGGAGAAGCGUGUUGCUCUGCUGAAGUAUAAACACCAAACCAGGGCAACGCUGCAAGCAUUGAGAUCUGGAAGGAACAGCAUGCGGAAGAUAGAAGGUGUGCAAAUGACGACUGGUUAUAAUUAUGCGCAGAUAUCCAACUGUCGUUUGACACAGGCAAUAUUCGUUGAAUGUAUGAGGCUACAGGAAAAGUGCCGAGAGCAAAGACAACCAUUCUUUAUCACCUUCAUUGACCUCACAAAGGCUGUUGACAUAGUCAGUACACACGGCCUGUUCAGAAUCCUUGCCAAGGUUGGCUGUCCGCCAAGACUCCUCAGUAUUGUUCAAUCAUUUCACACGGACAUGAAAGGCGUCGUUCAAAUUGAUGACUCUUUUUCGGAGGCAUUCAACAUUCGUAGCGGCGAGAAACGGGGCUGUGUGCUUUCCCCCAUCCUAUUUGGCAUCUUCUUUGCAGUGAUGCUGAAACAUGCACUUGGGAAAUCAACCGAUGGUGUUUACCUCCACACCAGAUCAAGCGGCAUUCUGUUUAGGCUCUCGAGGCUGAAAACAAAAUCCGAAGUGCGCCAGAAUUUCGUCAGAGGAAUGCUGUUCGCAGACGAUGCAGCACUAACAGCGCAUUCUGAAGAAUAA